ACAGUGCGUCAUCCGACACAGUAUUUCCCAGUCUCUUCGACAGACCAGUAUAUAAGGCUGUCCACCUAUUCAGAGUACAGAGGCAAAGAAAAAAGAACGCGGAGCCAGUGGCGCUCCCUUCCGCACGAAGGACACAGCCAACAUGGGUCAAACAUCGGCGGCGCAAAGACAAGAGAUCGACGUGGCAGAUCUUCAGGAGAUGUACAAAAAAUUUGUGAUCGAGUGUCCGAGCGGAUCGUUGCAUUUGCACGAAUUUAAACAGUUUUUUGGAAUAGCCGCCAGCGGAGAAGCCGCAAAGUACGCUGAGAGUAUGUUCAGAGCCUUUGAUAAAAACGGGGAUAACACAAUUGAUUUUUUGGAAUACGUGGCUGCCUUGAAUCUUGUCUUAAGAGGGAAGCUGGAACACAAACUCAAAUGGUCCUUCAAAAUCUACGAUAAAGACGGGAGUGGAUGCGUGGACAAAACGGAACUCUUGGAAAUCCUCAAGGCGAUUUACAAUUUAAAAAAAAGCUCCAAGCAAGACAUUGAUUGUGAACUCCUUACACCAGACGAGGUCUGUGACAGAAUAUUUCAACUGGUGGAUGAAAAUGGAGAUGGGCAGCUUUCCCUGGAUGAAUUUCUUCAAGGGGCCCAAAAAGAUAUAUGGGUAAUGAAAAUGUUACAGCUGGACAUCAAUCCCUCGGGAUGGGUUCUCGACCAAAGAAGAAAGAGUGCCAUGUUCUGAAGUACAAGUGAAAACAUCAGGGAAAAUUGUUCUUCUUUAAAACUGUAUUUUUAUCAACUUGUGUAUUUUUAUAUUUCAAUAAUGAAUAUGUUUAUUACUAAAUUUAAUGAUUUAUUUUGUAAAAUAGACUACUAUAAUGUACUAUAAUAAGCUGCCUUGAAACAUAUACUGUUUGUAAAAAACUAUUACCGUAUAACAUUCAGAUACUGUAUCUGAAUGUUAUUUUAUAUGGCUGCAGAUUGCAGCAUUGCACAAAAUAGGCAGGAAAGCUAGAAUCCUGACUCUGGGGUGCUUUUGUCAACAUUUACUGUCAAUCACCUCCAUUUAGCUUAUUGCUUUGUAUUAUGACAUGAUGUCAAGUCACAUGAAACUUAAUCCAGAGUUUCACUGUCACAGUGUGAUAAAUCUUAAACAGCUGUAAUAUCUUUGUAUAACUUUGUAGUCGUGUGUGCUUAUGCGAUGUUACUUGAUGUAAAAUGUGUUAUAUAAAAUAAAUAAAUUGACUGAUUAAUUAAUAAAGAAGAAAGAGUUAUACUCA